AUGUCUGACCAACCCAACAAGACUCAGUGGACCGACGAUGCCAAGUCUCGCAUCAUGAGCUCCGAGGCCAAGUCUGGCAACGAUGCCAAGUUCUCCAAGCAUGCUCAGAGCGAGACUGACAAGAACCCUGCCAACAAGACUCAGAGCAACAACCAGGGCCAGCAGAAGAAGUAA